AUGGACGCGGAAAAGUGUGAAUUCGUGGCCGGCAACGAGAUGAUCGACGUGAUUCCGGCGUUCUCGGACCCAGCGAAAUUCCUUCUGAUCAGCGCGGAACUGGGUCCGUUCGAGGCGGGAGUGCCAACGCCGGUGCCCGUGUGGGUGGCCGUUCAGAUGAAACGGAAGCAUCAGUGCCGGAUUGUGACGCCCGUGUGGCUCGAAGUGGAAGAGCUCAAAAAGAUAUUGGCGGCCGAGACGGAGAGCCAGGGACUCUCGCCGCUGCCCAGUUUCUUCUUUGAAAUCACGCACAUGCUCGUACGGGAGGCCAAAGACGACAUUUUCGAGGUGGAAGCCGCCAAAUCUCUCGUUCAGGACAUUUACGAUCGGAGAGACGCCAAAAUGCGAACCUCUGCCAUCGCUUUCCUUUCACAGGUAUUGAGAAAAAAGUAUGGACAAUUGUCCAAAUUUUCUAUUUUUCAGAACAGAACGUGUCAUGCUCAACUGGACGGUGUUCAGCCCAUCGAAGUGGCUUCUGCUCGCGCCACCCUUUCCGCGUGCAAGCAAAUGAGCAUUCUCCUUCGCAACAAACACGAAUCAACUCCGCUCUGA